AUGUUUUGUUCGAAACUGCAGCCAAGGCCAAAAAAGCCAUCUAUAACGUGCUGGAAAUCAUGUGCUUACUUCUCCAAAAUUCCAUACUACAAUAUAAGCGACAUAUCUUCACUAGAAGGCUUCUCUGGCUCUCUCAAGGUUCGAGGGCGGGUCCAUCGAAUCCGAGAUAUUGAACUUUAUGUCGACAAACUAGGCUUGGUUUCUUCUGCAUCAACGCCAAUACCAAUUGAUGCGGAGAAAACGUCUCUUGAGCAUCGACUCGACCACAGAGUGGUAGAUUUACGCUUAGACUUUUCCAAUUCUUUGAUUUUCAGGAUACUUUCAGACGUCGAAUGGAGUAUUGUCUCUUGGCUCCGUUCACAAAGUUUUUGCCAAAUCCAUACGCCAAAAAUUCUACACGGCUCUUCUGAGGGUGGCUCGGCCUUUUUUCCUGUAUCCUACUUUGAAAAACCCGCAUGUUUAGCACAAAGUCCUCAGCUGUACAAGCAGAUGGCAAUCUGUGGCGACUUUAAACGGGUUUUUGAAGUCGGUCCGAUAUUUCGAGCAGAACCUUCAAACACACAUCGCCAUUUGACCGAAUUCACUGGAAUCGAUGUUGAAAUGGAGUUGAACGAUGGCUAUUCUUCAUUUCUUUCCUUUGUGUCUCAGUUUCUGAUUUUCAUUGCAAGUGAGAUUUCCUCUUUGCCUCUCUAUGACUCAAUUGUGCGAGCAUCAACAGUUGAGCCGUUGCAGGUCCCAACAAUUCCAAUAGUUCCCUUCAAAGAGGCGCGACAGCUCCUCAAUGAGGCCAAUGCAUGCAAUUUUGACGGAUUUUCGGAUUUUUCGUUUGCUGAAGAAAAGCAACUGGGGAAAAUCGUACGCCAAAAAUACCAUACUGACGUUUUCAUUUUGGAUCAAUUUCCCGCCUGCAUUCGACCGUUUUAUAGUAUGCCCUCUGAAGACAAUCGCUAUUGCAAUGCAUUUGAUGUGCUUAUUAGAGGAGAGGAAGUUAUCUCCGGCUCCCAGCGUAUCCAUUGCAGAGAUAGCCUUGUCGAACGCGCAAGUGAUGGUGAUUCUAACUUUCUAGAUGCAAAUUCAUUAGGUGCAUAUUUGGACGCAUUCAAGUGGGGCGUUCCUCCUCAUGCUGGAUUCGGAUUGGGGCUUGAGCGGCUCGUCAUGCAAAUAUUGGGUCUAAACGACAUCAGGCGAGCCUCGAUGUUUCCAAGGGACCCAAAAAGAAUUUUGCCGUGA